AUGGGCUUUCCUCCAAAGGUAUACCAAUUUCUCGUGGGGUUGUUCGCAGCCUUGGGCUCGUUUCUCUAUGGAUACGACUUGACGAUUGUGGCCGAAGUGGUCUCUAGCAAGUCGUUCCUUGGGUACUUUUCUCCCUCAACUACUGAAGUUGGCCUGGUGGCGUCCCUGUUAACUGCGGGUGCCGUCAUCGGGGCUGGUCUUGCGUACCCUUGUUCCGAUCACUUUGGGCGUCGCGCGACUAUUCUGACCGGAGGACUUGUCUUUUGUCUUGGAGGAUCAUUGCAAACCGGCGCUCGGAACUACGGCUAUAUCCUGGGCGGCCGUCUCAUUUCUGGGGCCUCAAUUGGCAUUCUUACCAUGAUCAUCCCCUUGUAUCAAGCGGAGCUCGUACAUCCUAAUAUUCGAGGAUUGGUGACGGGUCUGCAGCAGUUUAUGCUCGGCAUCGGCGGUGUCUGUGGCAGCUGGAUCAGUUACGGCACCUACGUGAACUUCGAAGACAACCGGCAAUGGCGAAUUCCGCUGGGUUUGCAGAUCUUCCCUGCAGCACUCUUGUCGGCUCUUAUUUUCUUCUUCCCCGAGUCGCCUCGAUGGCUGAUUAGCAAAGGAAAGGCCCAGCAGGGCCUGCAGACCUUGGCCCGAUUACACUCCAACGGAGAUACGCAGGAUCCUUGGGUUCUUGCCGAGUAUGAGCAAAUCCAGAUGCAAGUGACAGAGGAGGAAGAACAGAGCAGAGUCUCCGUGAUUCAGCUAUUCUCUAACAAGGCUAACUUUCGACGCCUCAUGCUUGCCUGUGCAAUGCAAGCCGCUGCUCAAAUGACAGGGGUUUCAGCAAUUCAAUAUUACUCCGUGACUAUCUUUAAACAAAUUGGCAUCGACGGCACAGACACCCUCAGGUACCAGGCCAUCAACUCUAUCAUCGGUCUCCUAGGCGAACUCCUCCUCAUGCUUGUUGUUGAUAAAAUCGGACGGCGAAAACUCAUCAUCAGCGGCAAUCUAGCGAUGUGUCUAACUUACAUCAUCAGUACUAUUCUCAUGGCACGAUUCCCACCCGAAGACAACAACUCCAGCGCCCACUGGGGAUUCAUCAUCAUGACCUGGUUGUAUAACUUUUGUUUUGCCAGCAUGGGUUCACUCUCUUGGAUGAUCCCCGCUGAGAUCUUCGACACCGCAACCCGAGCCAAGGGCGUAGCUCUAGGCUGUAUGACUUCGUUUGCAUUCAACACAAUGAUUGGCCAGGUCACGCCCAUCGGCAUGACGAACUCAGGCUGGAAGUUCUAUAUUCUCUUCGUGGUUUGCAACUUCACCAACGCGGUGUUUUUCUGGGCCAUGCUCCCUGAAACAAAGAAGCUUCCCCUAGAGGAGAUGAAGCAGCUUUUUACCGAUUCUCCCUGGUUUGUAGGAGGGGUGGACACGACUAAAUACCGUGGAACUGGGAUUGAGACUUUGGCGCGCCAGCUUGCUAGCAAGGAGAGUGUAGAGCAUAGGGAGGAUGCGGUCUAGAUGCAGUGGAGUGUAUAUAUGCAUAGGUCACACAAGCCCAG